AUGUGACAAAGAGAUGGCGCUGAUAUUGGAAUCGAUUGCGGAAGUCGAGUGGAAGUGCUAGGGUGAUCCGGAUGAAGAACUGAGUUGGCCGCAAAUUUUCAAGAACGACGGACGUGUUACGUGGAUUAGGUGAAGUUCGUGUUGUAACUCGUGGGGACACGUUGGUGAAAGGUUUCAAUGAACAUCAUCGUUUGUCAGUGCACUGGGAACUGGAUUCAGGGAAAUAUUCAUAGUCUGAGUGAAUAACGUGAUUCUGAGCAAUAUCCGUGAACUUAGUGUGGAUUUUUUGUGCAAUUUUAACUUGCACUUGGUGAUGAACACUGAAUCAUUUCAAAGAGCAUCAGAUAAUCCCGUAAGGGGAAGAUUAAUUACUUUGUCAAUCCUAAAACUACAUGUGUCAAGUGAAGUGUGAAGAAUGUAUUCUAUUGUGCCAAAUAUCAUGAGAACUUUAUACAACGAAGUGCAUGCGGUAGUGUGAACAGAGAUGGGGCGACCGAACUGUGAAAGUUGUGUGUUUGAUAGUGGAGAACAUAGAAUUGAAACUAUAAGAAAAUUGAACUGAAACGAAAGUUCCAGCUAUGCAUUGAUAAAUUAUAGCGGGAAUCAACUGUAUUUUCUGGCCAAGUGGCUGCUAGGAGUGUAGGAACUGGUAGCGGUUACAUGAUCGCGUGAUGGACUUUGUGUUAGCGAUCCGACGAGGGAAUUUUAUUGUUUGCAAAAUCUCUACGAUCAGAGACAGCGAUCGGCGAGUUCAGCGGCGUGUGCAGCGGGUCCCUCAACUUCGGGUGGAGGCCGGAGAUAUCCGGAGGGUACUUGAGGGGCGGUGCAGCGACCGGCCUCGCCUCCACGGUGCGGAGCUGGGCGUCGCUGGGGGAAGUGACGCCAAGGCCACCGCAACAGCUGCGGGACACGGCAACUCCGGAGGCGAAAUUGAUGCAUUCUACACUCUCAUUAUGGUGGAUCCCGAUGCCCCGGGCAUGCUUCGGGGCGAGUAUUGGCUUCAUUGGAUCGUCGUCAACAUCAAGGGUUCUCAUUUCCAAAUAGGAAACCUUGAUGAUGCCACAGAAGUAGCAAAAAAGGGUUGA